CCCAAGGGCUGAGGAGGAGCAGAGGGAGGCGCAGGAGAAGAUGAAAGAAUUGAUGGAGGAGAUCCAGAGCUUGAAAGAAAAAGUCUUGCAGCAGGUUGAGGAGGAGGGAAGGAUUUUUAGGCGGAGGUUUAAGUACUUCAAACUCCUUGCUCCUCCUUUGCAUUUCUCCCCUCACUGUCCUCCGCGCCCUCUUGUUCGCAGCCGCUGAGCAUGAGGGGCAGGUGAUGAUCGAGAAGCUGCGAGCGGAGUUGGACUGGAGCAUGAGGAAUGAAAGCCAAGAGCAGAGGAGGAUGAAAACUCUCCUCGCUGUGGCGGAGGAGAAGAGGAGGAGGACGGAGGCUCAGCUCGAGGAGAUCCUCCGCUAUCUUCGUCGUAGCAAACAGGAUGUGGACUCAGGAAAGGCAGAGGCGAUGAGCGUGUUGAAGAGGAUAGAGGGCAUGAUGCACGAGGAGACCAACAAGGUCAAGCAGCUGAUGGAGGUCAAGUCGGAGAUCGGCAAGAUGCACAAGGAAGCGAACAUGUACGACGUGCUUAUCAACAACAUCGAGAGAGCAACAAAUCCGCAAGGCGAAAUACCUUCAGUGUACGAUAAGGACAAGCAAUGGCCUCUGUCCUUUCAAGAUCCUCCGGGCGGUCGCCUCCCCUUCCUCCCUGCUUUCCCGCACGUAGUUCAUCGCCAGCCGCCGUAUCCUCCUCCUCAACCACAGGUUCUUCAAGUCCCUCCAGGACGAUACGCAGGAGGAAGAGCUGUUUAUUGAUUCUAGCAGAGCUUGUUCGAAUAUGUACAUUCAUGAUGAUGCUGUAAAUCACACCGAGAAG